CACAGGCGACUUAUUAUUGCAUACCCCAUCAAUGUUAUCAGACAUUGCUUCUUCACAACCAGAUAGUUCAUAAUCAAAAUUUAAGGGCACUUUUGCCAAAGUUGGCGAUGGAACAUAACAAGGACUCGAUCGUCCUUGACUACUUCCGCAACAACUACUUACAGGCGAGGAACGACGCGUGGAUGAAAGACUUCUUGAUUUGCAAAAACAUUUUUUAGACAAAAAAAAUACAUUUUAAAAUGGGUCUUUCAGUUCUCAUCAAAUUGUCGAAAUUAUAAGAAACUUAAAAAGUGCAAUCUAACGCGCGUAAAACUUUUAUUCACCUGUUUGUCUGACAAUAAGUAGGCCAAAUUUCGCUCGAAUCACUCACUUCAGGUAUUUGUUCGUUACUUGAACUAAUCACGUGCAUAAGCUCAUCUUGUUCUAAACUAUUGUUAGUAUUGUUAGGAGUAACUAUAUUAUUGCUGUUGUCACAACUUUCUUGUGGUAGUUCAUUUGAGUCACAACAAAUUGACGAACAUGAGCCUUCAUAACUGCUCAAUUUGUUUGCUUCUGUGGGAGUUUGACUCGCAGAUGAUGAUUGGGGACCAUUUUCAUCCAUUGUUAUGUUUGUGCCUUUUUUUUAGUACAGUUAACAGAAUCAUUUUUAUUUACAAUUAAACUUUCAUAAAAACAAAAAAAUAUAAAAAUUAAACAAAAAUGUUUGUUUUUAGAUGAAACUCAUAGGGAUAAAGACCAGACCAAAACCUUUUAACGCAUUUGAACAGCGUAUGUCAUCAUUGAAAUGGAAUAAGUCAACAAAUAAAAAUAAGUAUUUAAGCUCGUGUGUCGUUCAAAAAUCCUGACUAUGUGUGGCAAUGUUUGAAAUGGCAAAAGAUCAUGCGUUUAUUUUUGUUAAAUUACAAAUUAAGCAAACUAAAAAUGAGUUAUCAUGGGUUGCUAUAUUUCCUAUCAACACAAUUUCACACAAACGCUUCCCUCAAAAUGUUUCAUUGACUUGAAAAUAAUUCUAUACAAUUAUCUCCAUUAAGUACUGUGACAUCAAUGUCCAAAGCAAUAUCCAUAAAUAUACACUUCUCGCCGCAAAAAAACUUUAGUUUAACGGGAAAAAAAUUGCUGUACAGUGCAUCGUUGAACAUCACGGAAAAUAAAUAAUCACCGGUAGCAAGCCAUUUUCGCAGCAGCAAUAUACAAAUAAUGAAAUUAAGCCAAUACAGUAUGGAUAAGAUCAAUGAAAACAUCAGUAUAUCGCGUCAUUAGUAUUGAAACAGUCACAUCAAGAGGUUGAUGUGAGUUUUAAAUUCUGAAAUGGCGAAAAAGAGUUUGAUCUUUUUCGUGAUUUCUUCAACAAUUUACAUUAGUUUUGCCUUACCAACUAUUGUUAAGAAGGAUUUGCGUGUACAAGACAGCGAGAAAUUUAACUAUACAGAACUUGCAUUUAGAAUUCAAGAACGACUUAAUAAGGAAACUGAUCCAUGUGAUGACUUUUAUGAGUUCGCUUGCGGCGGAUUGCUCAAUAAAGUUGAAAUACCCGACGAUUUAGAUGAAAUAGGAAUGGUUGGAGCAAUUGAAGAAGAUACACGAUAUCAGUUACGAGAUGUUUUGAAUCAAACAAUGAAGGAUGACGACAUUGCGCCUUUUAGAUUGGCAAAGAGAUUCUUUAAAACGUGCUUGGAUGAAGAAUCAAUUGAAGAUUUGGGAGCAAAGCCUCUUAUUGAACUGAUUGGAAAGAACAAAUGGCCUCUUUCGAAACUCGAUAAACAAGAUCUUCCGGAUCUACAUGAAUUGAUUAAAAAUGGAAAAGAUUCAGGAAUUCUCUCUUAUGCCCUCAUAUCUGUGUCUGUUGACACGAAUUUGGAUAACUCAUCUGAAUUCAUUCUGUACAUUGACCAACACGAUUCGUAUCUUUCACAGGAAAUUUAUUUGGAUGGCAUUUCUGAUCCUGUAAUGGUUGCUUAUCAAAAUUUCAUUGAACAAAUUAUGCGAAAAGUUGAUCGUAACGUCGAAAAUCCCGAAAAACUUGCAAAGGAAAUUGUUGAAUUUGAAAUCGAACUUGCUCGUAUAGCCGAAAGACGAGAAGAUCGACGAGAUUUGAAUUCGCUCGACAAUCACAUGACUUUGGGAGAGCUCAACGGCAAUUUCUCGUACAUCAAAUGGAUAGAAUACAUAAAUGUAAUUCUUCCCAAAGGAAAACCCGGCGUAACGAAGGAAGAACAUGUAAUUGUUGGCGAUGUCAAAUAUUUUGAAAAGUUGGGAGAUUUGCUUCAAACAACACCAAAGUACGUCAUUUACAAUUACAUCCAAUGGUCAAUUAUUGCCGAAACGUUAACGUUGUUAAGUAAAGACUUUCGUACAGCCAUCGCUAACUUAGAUAAAGUUCUGUAUGGAACGAGCGCUGAAAGUUUGAGAUGGGAUGAAUGUAUUGCCCUAUCGAUGGAAAUGAUGCCGAGUAUUGUUGGAGCAAUGUAUAUUCGUGAAUAUUUUACAGAUGAAUCUCGCAAAACUGUAACUGAGAUGUUGGAAAAUAUUGUACAAGAAUUUAAAGAAUUACUCAAAGACGUUGAUUGGAUGGAUAUCAAAACCAAGAAAACAGCAUUAGAGAAAAUUGACAAAUUAAAUUAUUUUGUCGGAUAUGCGGAUGAAUUGGCAAAUCUAACACUUUUAGAACAUUAUUAUCGAGAUCUUUGUGUUUCAGAAGACUUGUCGUUCUUUGACAUGACCCUCGCAAUAAGUAAAUUUAGUCUCGAUGAAGCUUUCAGCUUUUUGUAUGAGAAAACAGUGCAAAGAAGCGAUUGGAGAUUUAUUCAGUCGCCUGCAACAGUAAAUGCCUUUUAUUUGUCAUCGCAUAACCAUAUUGAAAUUUUAGCUGCUAUCCUUCAGAACGAGAUUUUCUCGUUGGAUCGUCCUGCAUUUUUAAAUUAUGCAGCAUUGGGACAUGUAAUUGGGCAUGAAAUUACACAUGCUUUGGAUGAUAUGGGAAGACAAUUUGAUUCAACAGGAAAUUUGAAAAAUUGGUGGCAUAAUGAAACACUCGAGAAGUAUGUGCAAAGAGCAAAAUGUUUUGUGAAUCAAUAUUCCAAAUAUACGGUUGAUAGUCAACAUGUUGAUGGCAUUAACAGUUUAGGAGAAAAUAUCGCCGACAAUGGAGGAUUCAAAGUUGCUUAUAGAACAUAUAAGAAAAUUGUGAAAGAUGAUAUUGAACAAGAAUUACGAGAUGCAGGAUUCAAAUAUACAAGAGAUCAACUUUUUUGGAUUGCAGGAGCACAAACUUGGUGCACAAAAAGAAGAAAAGAAUCUAUACACAUUAUGAUGGAAACAGGAGAUCAUCCUUUGGAGCAAUUUCGAGUUAUUGGUUCUUUGAGCAACAAUAAGGAUUUCAACAAAGAUUUUAAUUGCCCUAUUGGAUCAAGAAUGAAUCCUAAAACUAAAUGUGAAAUAUGGUAGUCACAUAAAUAUAAUAAAGAGAACACUUUAAUGACAUUCGAGAGCUUUUUGAAUUAAAAUUUUCUAAAAACUGACGAGAUUUUCAUACAUUCGACAAACUAUAGCAACCCAUAUCUCAUUUACUACGUUAAAACGAAAUAUUUAAAAAAAGA